AUGCCAAAUAACCCAAUCUUCUUCGACACCAAUGGCCUCUACAUCCUGGUCUCCGACCUCGGCUCUGAUAUCCAGUUCCACUGGGCCCUCUACCUUGCCCAAAGUCAGGGCCAAGGCAUCAUGUUCCAUGUGAUCAACAGCAUCGAGACGGGCAAUCAGUGGCAAUAUCAAACCAAGCCUAUUACCGGCAUUCCAAAUUCACUCAAUCUGCUCGUCUCCUUGAAGAUCGCGGUAAUGGACCCUGCAUUGCAUGUUGCACUGGUAGAUCGACUUGCUGCUGUUCCUGAAACCCCGCCGAUCACUUGCCGGUUGUGGCUGAAGCGAGCACUGCAUGAACUGGAUGAGGAGGGGUAUAUUCAACUCACGGGGAGCAUUGAUGAUAUUGAACAGGAGGCUCUUACUGAAGCGGCGGAGAAUCAGCCGCGGAGGAUACGUACUGGCCUUUGUAGUCGCUAUUGUGUGGUUUAG